ACUCACCGUCGGGCGAUGGCGAUGAGAGGGAAGGGAGAGAGGAGCAAGGCAGCGACCGCGAUGGGAGGAGCAAGGAUGACGACGACGAUCAUCGUCACCAUGUCGAUGCUGAUGAUGACUGAUGCUCUUGGCAUGGAGGGACAUCACUCAGACGUUCCUCCUCCUCCCCUGCGUUCCAUGGCGCCUGCCCCCCAACAUUCGAUCUCCAAUGUCCUCCCCCCCGGCAUGCCCCGCAAGACAGCUGAGCCUCCGAGGGUGAUGAAGACACCGAACAAUGGCGCGAUCGCUCGAAGCAUGGGUUGCACAGACAUCCCCAUCGACGGGAUGAUCAUCUUUGGGAGCUCUGGUCUGCUCCUCGGCCUCAUUUUCCAGAAGUGCGGCAAAUCAGCCGUUGCGGCCCUCACGGCUUUUGCUGUGUGGAUCAAGGCGCUCGAGAUGAACAGGUACAUCUCGUUCAACACACCGAAGAUGCAGGAGGACGCUAUGGACUCCAAGACGUACAAAUACGUCGAGGUCACGAAGAAUUCGUUUCUCUCGAAGCUCCCCGCAUCCAUCAAGGAGCAAGUGAACAAGUUCGUUGGGAUCGCUCUCAUGGCGUUGCAGAACAACCUCAGAGGCAUCAGCGUUGCCUUCUCCUCGUUCGCCUUCGGCUGGACCAUCGGGAACCGUCUGUGAGGGCAGCAGGGGCAUUUGCACGUCAAGUGUUGUUAAGUACAUCCCGGCAUGGCUACCUCUCUC